GGGGACAAUUGGGAACGUCCGCUGUUCUCCAGGGUGGUGGGAAUGGAGUGACAAGGAGGGAUAGGGGGGACACCUGGGUAGGGAAGGCACUGAGAACCUCUGUCCUGCUCUGGGUGGGGUGGUGGAACUGGGGGGGAUAAGGAGCAGGUGAGGAGGUGCUGGGGCAGGGAGGCCUCCAGGAGCCUCAGGAGGAGACAGGACCGGGGGGACAGGGAUGGGUGAGGGUGACACCGGGGUGACAACGGGCUGGGCUCCCUGACCACGCUGUCUGUCCCCUGCAGGCUCUGCUCUCCUCCCGCGCUGUCCCGGGCAGGAUAUCAUCGUAUACUGUAAGUUGGCUAUGAGACACUACAGUAUAGAUGAUGUACUCCCCGGGCUGCACCGACCUCCUCCCGCCGAGCGAACACCGGGACACGCCCGGGCCACCGGGGAUGAGCGACACGGGCUGGGACAUCCCGGGGUGGGACAUCCCGGGGCGGAGAGGAUCCGGACACAGCCGGGCACCCACGGCUGGCGGGGAAACCGUUACCAUUACUGAGUUUAGUAAUGGUAACGGUUCUGCCGACGGCCGGCAACGCGGCACGGCACGGCACGGGAUGGGAAUGGCACGGGAUGGCACAGAAUGGCACGGGAUGGGAUAGGAUGGGAUGGGAUGGGACGGGAUGGGAUGGCAAGGACACAGUGAUGGAGCCCUGGGGAUGGGCACAGGACAAUAAAGAGAGUUACAGAACUGUGGCUCCGCUCUCCUUCCUCCCCACAUCCCGGGCCUGGUGGAACUGGGCACUGCGGUCACUGGGAGCACCAGGAGGACACUGGUGACACUGGGGGGACACUGGUGACACUGGGGGGGCACUGCUGACACUGGUGACACCGGGAGCAGUGGUGACACUGGUGACACCGGGGGGGGCACUGCUGACACUGGGGGGCACUGGUGACAUUGGUGACACUGGGGGGCACAGGAAACCCCGCGGUGCCGCCACCUGCACCCUGCGGUGGCGCCGGCAGGGGGCGCUCCCACGUCCCGGCCCCGCCCUGCGCCGCCGGCUCUCGGCCGUUUCCAUCCCACAAUCCCCCGCGGCACGGCGGCGCUCUGGCCCCUCUCUUGCGCUCUCUAUCACCCCGCGCUGUUCGCCAAUGGGAGCGGGCACCGCUCGCCUUCCCGGCGUGCCCCGCGGCGCGCCAACAUGGCGGCUCCCAUGGCCGCAGCCGCCGCCCGGGCCGCGCUCUGGGCCGCCGAUGUCGCCGCGGCGGGGCCGCUCCGGCUGGGAGCAGCUCGCUUCACGGGGAGCCGCUGGAGCGGGAGCAGCUCGGCGCUGGGUGGGAUCCUCAGUGUUCCCAGCCGCUGGAACGGGAGCAGCUCGGCGCUGGGGAGGAUCCUGAGCAUUCCCAGCCGCUGGAACGGGAGCAGCUCGGCGCUGGGCAGCCUCCUGGGCAUCCCCGCCGAGGCCCCGCCUGCCGCUCUGGGCCAGCACCCGCCGCCCGUGGCCACCGACAAAGAGGAGCAGAAACGCCUCCUGGAGAAUCGGCCCGAUCAGCCCCCGCAGCCCAAGGUGCUGAGGAUCGCCAUCAUCGGCGCUCCCAACGCCGGGAAAUCCACGCUCUGCAACCAGCUCCUGGGCAGGAAGGUUUUCCCAGUCUCCAAGAAGGUGCACACCACCCGCUGCAAGGCCCGGGGUGUCAUCACGCACGAGGACACGCAGCUGAUCAUUCUGGACACACCUGGCCUCACAAAUCCCUUAAAAGCCAAAAGGCAUAAUUUAGAUGAAGCCAUGCUGACAGACCCAUGGGACAGCAUGAAACACGCAGAUUUAGUCCUGGUUCUGGUGGAUGUGUCAGAUCACUGGACAAGGAACUCUCUGAGCAAGGAGGUGCUCAAGUGCCUGUCUCAGUUCCCCCACAUCCCCAGUGUGCUGGUCCUGAACAAGGUGGAUAUACUGAAAAAGAAGUUUCUCCUGCUGGAAAUAGCAACUGACCUGACGGAGGGAAUUGUAAAUGGAAAGAAACUGGAAGUGAAAUCUUCACCCAAACAGGAUUCCCGUUCUUCAGUAAAGCCUCCCCUUCAUCUCACUCAGGCUUCUCCACCUGAAAGCAAGGUCCCAGGGUCUCCCUUUGGGCAGGAAGAGAAUCAGGCCCAGGAAGGCUCUGGUUUGGACAGGAGCAGUGAUGCUGGGGCUGCUGGCACAGGGGAAGGGCCAAAGCACCAUGGAGCCAAGGAUCUAAAAGAAAUGAAAGGCUGGCCACACUUCCAGGAGAUCUUCAUGCUGGCAGCUCUCCGUGGGGAGGAGGUGGAUACACUCAAGAGGUACCUCCUGAUGCAAGCCAAGCCAGGCCCUUGGGAAUUCCACAGCGACGUCCUGACCAGCCAGUCACCUCAAGAGAUCUGUGAUAAUAUCAUCAGGGAGAAACUCCUGGAGUACCUGCCCCUGGAAGUGCCUUAUGGAGUGACUCAGGUGACAGACGUGUGGGAGGAAGGAGAAUGUGGGGAGCUCCUCAUCGUGCAGAGCCUCCUGGUGCCAAGGGAGUCUCACAAGAGGAUGUUGAUUGGAAGAGGAGGAAAGGUCAUCAGCAGGAUUGCUCAGGAGGCUGGCCAGGACCUGAUGAACGCUUUCCUGUGUGAGGUCCGCCUGAAGCUCAAGGUGGAGGUGAAGGGUUGAGCACUUGGUGUGUUUUAACACCCCUUGAACUCUCUGAUCAUGUGGAGGAACCAGUCCUGGGAGUAUCCUGGCACCUUUGUUGAAUCCAGAAAUAGAGGAUGAUGGAGUUACUACCGUGGGCUGAAGUGGAAUAUAGUAUUCUUUGGGGAAAUGGCCCAAACUGAAAUAAAACCUCCAGACCUUCUAUGGCAUCUGACCUGAGGACAGACCCUGGAGAAUCAGCUGCAUCCAGUUCUGGUCCUGCAUUUCCAGAGCUGCUCCCCACUUCCUUUGGGCUGUGUCUCAAGUCCUUGCUCUCAGGUGUUUGUACGUGGGAGUUCAGGAGCAUCUCCUGCCUUGUAGCUAACAAAGGGUGGCAGUGAAGCAUUAUCAGCACAUGUUUGUAAUCCCUUCUGAAGGCUGAAUCGUGGUCACACAGGGGGAUGAGGCCCCCCCAGCCCAGCUGAUGGUCUCAUGUUGACUUUUCUCCCUGCCCUGUUGAAGCUCGUGGGUGUAGGGAGUUGGUUUUAGGGGCAGCUGGAACAUCUGUAAUGCCUGACUGGCUUGCCUGUCAUGCAAAACCAGCAUGGACCCAUCUUCUGGAAUUUGAGUAGUUUAUUGUAUCACUUCCACAUCCUCACUCUUUGCACCAGGGUCACAGAUACAAACACAGCAGCUGUUGCAGCUAAAAACAAUCCCAAAGUGGGAAGAGCAGCAGGUUCUGCAGCUCAGGUGUAACAGAGAGCACCUGGCACAGCUGAGGCUGGAGGAGCAGGGCUGGCUCUGCAGAGCCCUUGGCAUGGUGGAGCCUGGCACCACAUUUGUGUGCCUGGGCCUGGUGUUUGGGGCUUGUUUUGUCUCUUUGUCAGGUGUUUGGAGCACUGGUUACUUUCCUGCCAGAAAUCCAGGUAAAUCUCCAUGUGCACUUAUAAAUCAACAUCGCUGAGGGAAAAAACCCCAGCAGGGAAGAGACUGGGGAGGGUCUGGAACCCAAACCUCCUCAGCCCCUUGUCCCUCUCUGGUGCACUGUGAAAGAGGUGAUUUAUCCUUCUGCUGAAGAAUUCUAUCUGGGAUGUGAGAUCAACUGAAAACUGGGUUGGGAAACCUGCACAGAGUGUCCUUCCUUGUUCCCCAGGAGCAGGGGCUGCUGUGGUCCCUUGAAUGCUGCUGUCCAACUUUUGUAUUUCCUUUGCAAUAAAAUGAGGUCCCAGCACAA